UUCAUUUGUGAUCGUGUGGCAUCCGUUUAAAUUCAUUAGGGAGCAGUGCUGCACCUGACUAUGAGAAGUAUGUGAAGUCACAUUUUUCUGGGGCAUAUCGACUUUUAAACUACUAUUUCGUGCCGAAUGUUUUGAAUAUUAUACAGAACUUUGAGAAAAGCUGAACGUAAGAGGGAUUUUACUUGCAGAAGGCCGUUCGUCGUUACAAAGGUGAAGUUGAAUAAAUCUAUUGAACUAUUCUCUGAAAUGGCAUCUGUUCAUGGCCUGCCCGAUUUACCGAAAUGCUUGAGUGGACUUGCAAAUGCCACGAGUUCGCAGUGGAAAGAAGAAGAAAGGCUUCAUUCUAUGAGGGCCCAACUACAAGCUGACCUCAGCGAAAGCCAGCAACAGAUGCAAAAUUUGAAAAGUUUACAAAGAAAUGCCCACCACAAUGAGGAUGGUGAAAUUAUGGUGAAUUUCCCCCCAGCAGAUGCUUGGAAUGGAUUGAACUCAGUGAAGCGAAGUAGAUUAAGUUUAGAUGCUGCAAUAACUCAGCUAAGGAAAGAAAUGGUUACCUUAAGGCAGUUGGACAUGUCUCUUCUGUGCCAGCUGUGGGCACUAAAUGAAUCAAUCCAGGACUAUAAACAAAUGGCACAAGAAAGGAUGUUUUCUGAGACCAAUUCUGAAUGUUCAUACAGCCAUGAGGCAGGACUAGACACAAUAAGUGACCAUGAUGAAUCUGAUGUUGAAUAUAUGAGGAGUUGUGAUGAGGAUGGUAUUGCCAGGGAUGACUCCGGGAUAUCUGGCAUAUCAAGUAAUACAGGGUCCUAUGGCAAUGUUAUCAGUCAAUCUAGCAGUGGGCAUAAAUGGAAACAAACAAAGUGCUGAUCAUGAAUCAUGGUGGAGUGUUAACAUUGUGGUAAUAUGGAGUAGGAUAAACAAAUCAGCUAAUAUAGU